ACUGAAAUGAUUGCCUCACAAUUACUACCUACAGUCUUCCUCCAAGUCAACAUGCAGUCAUCUUCAACCUUUUUCUAUUACUACUACUACACUCGGGUCUGACUAAAACAUUAAUGGCUAUUCUACUUUCAUUUCUCACUUUUUCUCUUCUCUUACUUCCAUUUUCCAUUUCCUCAGCACCUAAUUACAUCUUCCCUGAAAAACACUUCAUCAAUUGUGGUUCUGAUUCUUCCAUCCUACUCAACCGCGGCGGAGGCAGCAAUACUUUUGCCGCCGACCCCCACCACAGUGACUCCGUUAAAGACCACACGACUACUGCAGCGUCAGCUGGAAUCUAUCAAACUGCUAGAAAGUUCACUAAAUCUGGGUCAUACAAUCUCCCAAUUGAUGAAUGUGGGGUUUACAUGGUACGGCUUCAUUUCUUUGCUUUCUUUUCUCUAUUGGAUGCGGAAUUUAGUGUUUCCGCUGCUGGGUUUUUGCUAUUGUCCAAUUUCAGUAUACCCAGAAACACAACUUCCCCUGUUAUCAAAGAGUUUCUGGUUCCUGUACUAAGAGGUCGUAAUUUAGAAAUCAUUUUCAGACCUGAUUCUUCUUUUGCAUUUGUUAAUGCGAUAGAAGCAUUUGUUACUCCUCAAGGUUUCAUUUCUAAUUUCAAUGACACCACCCAUGUCACUAGCAGUAACAAUGAUUUGUCCUCGACUGUUUUGAAUGUUAUUCAUAGAAUUAAUGUUGGGGGUUCUGAUAUCACCGAUGAUACGGAUACCAUGAGAAGAAAUUGGGUAGCUGAUGAUGAUUACUUACUUAUCAAAAGAUUAGCUACGAAUCAUUCAAUAUAUAGUAAUAGGCCUAAAUAUGAUCAAGAAAGAGGGGCUACUCAGUAUGAUGCUCCUGAUUUGGUUUAUAGAACUGCCAAAGAAAUGAAUAGUAGUCAUGUUGUGACUCAAAGUAACAACUUUUUUAACAUAACUUGGGGUUUUGAUGUGAAGAGGAAUGGUACAUUUUUCGUACGUCUACACUUUUGUGACAUUGUUAGUGUUCAGCGGAAUGGUACAGUUUUCAAUGCAUACAUAUAUGGUAUGUUUGGUAAGCCAAUUAGUCCAUAUGAUAGAUUUGGAGAUUUUGGAGUUCCUUUUUAUGUUGAUUUUGUGGUGGAUUCAGAUGGUUCUGGUUUUAUGAAUAUCUCAAUUGGUCCUCGGAAUGAUUCAAGGUCUCUAAAUGCUUUUUUGAAUGGGGUGGAAAUCAUGGAGUUGAUUAAUGAUCGGGUUGAGUGGAGUGAACAAACCAAGAAGAAUGUUUGGAUAAUUGUUGGUUCUGUUGUUGGAGGCACGGUUCUCAUUUCUGUUUCUUUUAUAGUGAUCUUGUGUUGUUUGAAACCAAGAAAAGCACAAACGGUUGAGAACUCGAGUUGGUGGCCGAGGAUGAGUGUUAAAUCUGGAAGUACAGAUGAUAGGACUACUGUAAGAACUCCAAUUGGUAGCACUACUCCUGAUAUGAACCUUGGGUUAAAGAUAUCUUUCGCGGAGAUUUUGCAUGCUACUAAUAAGUUUGAUCCCAAAUUUAUGAUUGGUGAGGGUGGUUUCGGGAAAGUUUACAAAGGAACUUUACACAGUGGUGUUAAAGUGGCCGUGAAAAGAAGCGAAGCUGGACAUGGCCAGGGUCUUAUGGAAUUCCAAACUGAGAUAAUGCUCUUGUCCAAAAUCCGCCAUCACCAUCUUGUUUCAUUGAUUGGUUAUUGUGAUGAACAAAAUGAGAUGAUACUUGUUUAUGAAUUCAUGGCGAAGGGAACUUUGAGAGAGCAUUUGUAUAGUUCAAAUGAAGAUCUUGGUAAAUCAUCUUCACGGUCAGAAUUAUCGUGGGAUCAAAGGCUUCAAAUUUGUAUAGGUGCAGCUAAUGGUCUACAGUACCUUCAUGCCGGCUUACCUGAGCCAACUAUUCACAGGGAUAUUAAGUCAACGAACAUACUUCUUGAUGAAGAUUUUGUUGCCAAAGUUGCUGAUUUCGGUCUCUCCAAAUCAGGUCAACCUGAAGAAACACACAUUGUUACUGCUGUUAAAGGUAGCUUCGGUUAUCUUGAUCCCGAGUACCUGAAAUCAAUGCAACUAACUCAAAAGUCUGAUGUCUAUUCUUUUGGAGUUGUACUUCUUGAAGUACUUUGUGCUAGACCAGCUGUUGAUAACCUGCUUCCAAGAAAUCAAAUGAACUUAGCUGAAUGGGGACUUUCUUGGCUAAAAGAAAACCAGAUCGAAAAGAUAAUCGAUCCAUUUCUUGUUGGUAAAAUUAACCCAAACUCUCUAAGGAAAUUCGGAGAAACAGCAGAGAAGUGUCUGCAAGAGAAUGGCACUGAUAGGCCUAAUAUGAUGGAUGUGUUGUGGGACUUGAAUUACGCUCGACAGCUUCAACACCCUACAAUGGCCCAACAAUCUCAUGAGGAUUCCAAAUCCGAUGUUUCGUGGCAAAUGGCAUUGCCUGGUAUAAAUCGCUUACCAUCUAUAAAUGUAAGCACAAGCUGUGUCAGUGUCACUGAAAGCGAGGUUCUUUCAGAAUUGAGGAUCGAUGAAACCAGAUGAUUUGUGGCCUCGAUGUUGUUAGCAUUCAUUGGACCUCUCCACUGGUCAGGUGAAGGGGAUUGGUAAAGAGGAAAAUGGACUCUACAUACUACAGGAAGGACCAAGUCAUAUUCCAAAGAAGCUGGUCAAUAGUAGUAGAGGUCUUGAUCAGUCCAAUAAAACUGUUAAU